AUGUUAACAGACUAUUGGGAAAUAGUUAAAACUAACGUUUCUGAAUACCUACAAGAAUAUGCAAUCUUGCCUAUUAUCGAAAUAUUUGUUACUGAACAUCAAAACUCUGAUAAUCUUACUCUGAAGAACUUUCCAUUUGCUGCAACAUAUCCUACAGUUUUUUAUAACUUUCCUUUUUACGAGAUUGCAUAUGUGUCUCAAGCGCUAGCAACCAGUAUUUGUUGUCUAAUGAUACUUGCAACUGAUGGUCUAAUUGCAACUGCUGUGCUCCAUACAUGUGGGCAUUUUGCAGUACUUAAAGAAAAUUUAAGGCGACUUGAUUUAUGCAUUUAUCGCGUAUGUAUAACUCUAUCUUAUGUUAAUCGUAAUAAUAUUAUUGCUGAAAAAAUCUCGUUCUUAUAGGUGAAUAGUUUUGAAAACAAUUCGAAACAUAUAAACGCGAAAUUAUACCAGAUAAAAGUUCAAAUCACACACUUAAUUAAACAUCAUCAAGUAGUCCUUUGGUUUUGUGAUAAUAUGGAAAAGAAUUUUCACCUAAUGCUCCUUUUACAAACUAUGACCAGUAGUCUUAUGAUUUGUUUCGUCGGAUUUCAAGUUUCGACCGUAAGCGUGAUUUUAAAAUUUAAAAUUAUAGUACAGUAUAAAUAAAUUACAAUUCUUCAUUUAAUAUAUACUCUUUCAUUAUAGACACUAACAGAACAAUCUAAAGUAAUUAAAUUUGCUUCUCACUUAAUCGUGACGCUUUUUCAAUUAUUACUCUUUUGUUUCCCUGGGGAUAUGCUAAUCCGACAGAGUUUCAGUAUAAGUACAGCUGCAUAUUCAAUACAGUGGUGUCAACUGCCAACUUUUCUUAAAGACGAAGUAUGCAUGAUUAUACUACGUUCUCAAAGAUCUAGCUACAUUACUGCGGGAAAGAUAUAUGUGAUGCAUUUGGAAAAUUUCACCGCGAUACUCAGUACUGCAUGUUCAUACUUUAUGAUGCUUCAAAGCUUCAAUUCAGAAGCUUAG